UGAACAUGGAAACUCCAGAGAAGAACCCAGCCAGCUCUAUACCAAACAGACCGAGGGUGACCGCCAGUGCCACCACCAACCUGAAGCAAAGAGAGACAUAUUAGAGGGGACGCUGGCAUCGUGGAGCAGGCAUGGCAGAAGAGGAGUUACAAACCUUUACCUCUAUCAUGGACGCAUUGGUUCGCAUUAGCUCCAACAUGAAGAGCAUGGAGAAGGAGCUGCAUUGCCCCGUGUGCGAUGAGAUGGUGAAGCAGCCCAUCCUCCUGCCGUGCCAGCACAGUGUGUGUCUGCUGUGCGCCGCCGAGGUGUUGGUACAGAGAGGUUACCCUCCCCCGGACCUCCCUCCAGAGCCCAACUCACCGGCCUCCACGCCCAACACUCGCUCCCCGCGUCAGACCAGAAGACCGGCGCCCCGGACCCCUGACCGCCUGGAACGGGUCCUCAGAACAGUGUGCGGGACAUAUCCAGGGCGGAGGCGGAAAGAUGUGGCCCAUCCCCCCAUGUUGUUCCCAUGUCCUUCCUGUCAGGAGGAUGUGGAGCUCGGAGAGAAAGGCCUGACAGACUGCCUUCGCAACCUGACACUGGAGCGGAUUGUGGAGAGGUACAGGCACACAGUGAGCCUGGGCAGCGUAGCCAUCAUGUGUGGCUUCUGUAAGCCUCCUCAGUCUCUGGAGGCCACCAAGGGCUGCGCUGACUGCAAGUCCAACUUCUGCAACGAGUGUUUCAAACUCUACCACCCCUGGGGAACCCCUCGAGCUCAGCACGAACACAUUCUGCCAACGAACAACUUCCGGCCAAAGGUCCUAACGUGCACAGAGCACGAGCAGGAGAGACUGCAGUGGUACUGCCGUAACUGCCAGAGGUUGCUGUGCCCACUUUGUAAACUCCGUCGGGUCCACCACGGACACAAAGUGUUGCCUAUUGCACAGGCCUACCAGGCCCUCAAGGACAAGGUCACCAAGGAAAUGAACUUCAUCCUGGCCAACCAGGAGACAAUACAGAGUCAGAUCUGUCAGCUGGAAGAUGCCAUCAAGCAGAUGGAGGCGAACAGCGCAGUGGCCCUGCAUCAUCUGACCCACUGCAUCCGAGAGCUGGGAGCGGCGGUAGCCGAGCGUCAGGGCGCGCUGACUCUGGCCCUGGAGGGAUCCCGCAGCAGGAGGGAGGAGGCCCUGUCCACCCAGGUGUCAGAGAGGCGAGGCCUGAUGGAGCACGCGGGCCUGAUGGCCUACACACAGGAGCUGCUGAAGGAGACGGACGCACCCUGCUUUGUACAGGCUGCCAGGGUCACUCAUGCCAGGCUGGUGAAGGCCAUAGAACACCUCCAGUGUUUCACUCUCUCUGCUGAUCCCUCCUUCAGACAUUUUCACCUCGACGCAACCAAAGAAGUCAAGUCAAUCCAAGGGUUGGCGUUCAUACGUGCCCCUCUGGCUCCAGUCAUCGACACUCAGAAGACACUCGCGUACGACCAGCUGUUUUUGUGCUGGCGCCUCCCUCAGGACUCGGCCCCAGCUUGGCAUUUCUCCGUUGAAUACCAGCGACGGGCAGGAGGAUCUGCAGCCAUGUGGGGCGGCGUCAGGUCCCCGAAUGCGGCGACAGCGUGGCUGCGUCUGGAUGAAGUGAGGGGAACCAGCGCUGUUGUUGACCGGCUGCAGAUAGACAGUGUGUACGUGCUCCGAGUGAGAGGCUGCAACAAGGCCGGCUAUGGAGAGUACAGUGAAGAAGUUUACCUCCACACUCCACCAGCGCCUGUGUUGAGUUUCUCCUUGGACUCACGCUGGGGGCUGCACUCCGACAGGCUGGCGUUGGGUAAAGGCCAAACGUACGCCCGCAGCGUGCCAGGCAUCUCCCUCCUGCAGGCCGCCGACCGCACACUCACAUCCUGCCACCUGACCUCUGACCUGCUGGUGGCGGACGUGGCUGUCACUCAGGGUAAACACUACUGGGCGUGCUCUGUGGAGCCUGGCUCCUACCUGGUGAAGGUGGGAGUAGGGCAGGAGACUAAGCUACAAGAAUGGUUUCAUCUCCCUCAGGACAUGGCCAGCCCUCGGUGCGACCCGGACAGCGGCCAUGACAGUGGGGCGGAGGAUGGCCAGGACUCCCCUCCCUUCUACUUCCUCACAAUGGGCAUGGGCAAGAUCCUGCUUCCUCAAGGACACGGCCACAGUCAGAGCCAGGCAGACAGCCACAGCCAGGGAGGAGUCCACUCCCACAGUAGCAGCCAUAGCAACAUGCCUCACGCUCACACUGCUCCUUUGCCACCCCGACUAGGAGUGUGUCUGGACUGCGACAAAGGACGCGUCACCUUCUGUGAUGCCCACUCGCUGCGGAUCAUCUGGGAGGGACAUGUGGAUUGCUCAGCUCCGGUGUGUCCGGCCUUCUGCUUCAUCGGCGGAGGGGCCCUGCAGCUGCAGGACCUCGUGGCCAAUAGGAGCAUCGAGGAGCUGCCGCCACGGAGGGUGACUAUCCAGACACGUGCGACAAAUCUCAGCAAAUAAAGUGCGGAGAGACGGCGGUUCACUUAGUGUUCAAGGUUACUCUCAUGUCUGUAGAGUUAAAGGUGGUUUAUAUUCACCAGUUAUUGUGAGUUGAUAAUUAAUUGCCUUGAUCCUGUUGACUUUAAUACUUGAUAUAACUGUAACUGCGAAAUCUGGUUACGCUUUUCCUUUAUAAUGUGAUUCUUGAGAUCUGACUUAUUUUGCAUUUGCACUUGGCCUGAAAAUAUUGACUCUCUUUUGGCUUCAUUUAUUGAAUAUUUUUUCCUGCUUUCUUUCUCCUCAACUUUGCAAUGCUCCUAUUGACUUUGUGGCUGAAGUGAUUUUUAGACUAUGCAGAAAUCUGUUGUGAGGGUGAGCUAAACUACGGAAGCCCUAAAUGGUCAUGGGACAAACAUAUACGUUCCUUUGUUGUCCUGUGGUAAAAUGUACAAUUGUAUUUGUUUUCUCGGGAUCACAAGUUAUUUAUGUCAAGUUAUUAAAACAAACUGUUUUUCCGGAGAUAAUGAGAUCAUUUUCUUGAGAUCUCAAGGAUGCGCACGUAUGUCAUUAUCACAAGAUAACAAAUCUUGUUUUCCCGAGAUAAUAAGAUAAUUUAACUUGAGUGUAUGACUUUAUAAGAUUCAUAAGAGUGGACCAUUACACACACAGUUUUCUGUGGGCUGAGUUUUGGGAGUCUCAAAGCAAAAAACAUAAACUUUUUAUGAUUUUCUUGCCAUUAUUAAUGGGUACUCCUUAAUUUGACACUUUCAGCGUAAAUCAGUCACUACACAUGCAGGCACGCCACUGCUGAUGUGAUAAGAGGGAACAACCUUUUGUUUUCUUGUGAUAACAGAUUAGUUUAUCUCAUUAUCUCAGGAUAACAAAGCUCAUUUUCUUAAGAUCUCAAGAAAAUGAUAUCGGCAAACCAACACUUGCUGUCCCGUGAUUAUGACAUAGAUAACUUGUGCUAUAUUGACAAAACAAUCAAAUUUAACUUGUUUUCACAGGGAAAUGGAGGAAAUAAUACGUUCCACGCAUGAUCUUUUAGGGCUUCCAUACUAAACAACUCUAUUACAGGUAAAAAAAAUAAAAAAUCUGUUUGCAGCGUAAGAAAAAUCUGCCCUCCCUUUACACUUGUCUUUGUCCCAGAAUGAUCGGACAACAAGGGUUGCAUGCAAGUGUGACUAGGAUUCAUAACUAUAUGCAGUUAACAGACUGUCAUCUUAUAAAAGCACCUCAGAUGUACUGUAUGUCGAAUUUUAUAUCUUUUUAAGUAGCCUCAACAAGUGUUAACGAUGCAUUUAUGAUUCAGAAUAACAGAACGUGUACGGGUGUUGAAUCGUAAGGUCUGCUGGCUCAUGUCAGGAUCACGUGUCUCGGUGUCUCAACAGUCCCACUUGGUAUUUUAUACAGUCGCUGUUUUGCAUUUCAAAAAGGGUUUCGUGUGGCAUUACAACUGGUGAACAUUGCUAACAGUUGCCUCAGUGUUCUCACAUGACAAGAGAAAUCCAAGUAAAAAAAAAAAAAAAAUAAUAAUAAUAAUAAUAAUGUGCUCAUGAUGUUGUUUGACCUGUUAAUACAUUUCAGUGUUUUACAUUAUGACAGAGUUAAACAUGUCAGUGGCCUACUGGUCCGGUAUUAAACUGUGGUGUUUGAGUGAUUUGCACAAACAUAAUAAUGAUGAGAUGUGAACCAGAUAAAGAAGGAUAAUGAGCAAAGGUCUAUUUUAUGAGCUCCGGUUGACUUUAAAUUAGACUUUUUUUUUUUUCCCUAUAUAUCUUCUUUUUUCUAACUGACAAGUGACAGUAGCUGAUUUACUUAUUGAACAAGCUGAUUCACAGUUUUUGUUUGGGGAAUGUAACAUCCCAGUUGUGUAUCAUUUGAAUGCAAGAGAUUGUCUAAAUUGUAAUAUUUUCAAAUCGACAGGCUCAGACUGUAUUUUGAUAUCUGAUAUUCCUGAUGUGUGUUUGUGUGCCUGUGUGAGCUCUGGCUGUGACUUUCAUGCUUUCUGUUGUUGUGUGUGUAUGUGUGUGUGUGUGUGUGUGUGUGUGUGUGUGUGUGUGUGUGUGUGCGUGUGUGCGUGUGUGCGCGUGUGUGCGUGUGCGUGUGUGUGUGUGUGUCUCCUGUCUAGACUCUUGUUACAGCACAGCACUUGAAUGACUUAAGACCGUAGCAUUACAGAAAUCAGAAUCUCUGAAUUUAGAGUUAUCCUUGCUGGCAGAAUGUUUCUAUCAUGUCAUGAGAAAAACAAUA